UUUCCCCCAUUUGUGGCGCGUCGGGCAGGAAGACGGAGCGUUAGCAUCGACGGUCAACAUGAAGCUGUGGGAGCUGCUGCCUCUGGCCCUGCUGGGCGCCAGGCUCUGCUGGAUGAGCUCAGCGCAGGUGAGCACAACAUCUGAAGCAACAACUACAACAAUGACUUUAUCAACUACUUCACCAACAACCCCAUCCACUGAUUCAUCAACAACCCCAUCCACUGCUUCAUCAACAACCCCAUCAACUGCUUCACCAACAACCCCAUCCACUGCUUCACCAACAACCCCAUCCACUGAUUCAUCAACAACCCCAUCCACUGCUUCAUCAACAACCCCAUCCACUGCUUCAUCAAAACCCCCAUCCACUGCUUCAUCAACAACCCCAUCCACUGCUUCAUCAACAACCCCAUCCACUGCUUCAUCAACAACCCCAUCCACUGCUUCAUCAACAACCCCAUCCACUGCUUCAUCAACAACCCCAUCCACUGCUUCAUCAAAACCCCCAUCCACCUCUGCAUCAACAACCCCAUCCACUGCUUCAUCAACAACCCCAUCCACUGCUUCAUCAAAACCCCCAUCCACCUCUGCAUCAACAACCCCAUCCACUGCUUCAUCAACAACCCCAUCCACUGCUUCAUCAACAACCCCAUCCACCUCUGCAUCAAAACCCCCAUCCUCCUCUUCACCAUCAUCCAGCUCAGCCACCAGAACCACCACCAGAACCACCACCAGAACCUCACCAAGCGGAUGUUGUGGCUUCAGAGCUUCCCUGCUGCUUUCUGCAGCUCCUCUCCUGCUCUACUUGUUCUUCCUGUGAACCUCAAACCUCAUUAAACCAAAUUUCAUGAAAAGUCAGAAGAAGAACCACAGAUAUGAUUUGUUCUUUAUCUUGUAAAGGGGCUUUUGGUUAAAAUAAGGGUUUAAAGAUUAGAUUUUUAUCAUUCUGAAUUGAUUGAUGAGAGUAUUUCUGUCAGCUUGUGUUUAAGUGUACAUGCUCACAUAUUAAUGCUUGUUCUGAUGGUUCUGCUCAGUUUAGAGUAAAUAAAAGAAGCUCACACUGCCA